GCGAGGUUUUGGCCAUUCCCCAUACUUUCAGUCUUUGCCAUUGUCUCGAUUGGAGAGGGGUUCAAGGCUGUUCUCGUCCGAAGAGACGUUGACAAGCUGGAGAGAAGAGAUGGUUCACCAACAGUCACCCUGAAUAUGCCAUGGGAGCCUGUCCACGCCCCAACCCGGCCAGAGAUCAAAGGAUUCAAGGACGUAUCUCAAGACGUGGAGAAUAGUCUGAUCGGAGAUAUUGCGGCCGUUGCUUCAGCAAUACUUGGCGGAGGCAGCGAGGUUGCGAAUGCUGCAUCAGCAGGAGCCGCUGAGCUGCAGGCUACUCCGCUCCCAGCCAGUGCUUCGGUUUUGGGCGAUGGAACCGCAAGCCAGUCAAGUCUUCUGCGAGAGGUAAACGGCCAAAUACAGCAGGCUACAAGUAUUGUAGGACAAAUCUUUGGGGACGCGACCAGCAUCGUCGGAAGCAUCCUGGCUGCAGCAACAGCCCCAUCCAAUAUUGGGGUCCUUCCUGUUGCCAACUCCAACUCUUCAAUGAACGGGGCGGCAUUCUCCUCGGGCAACUUGAUGCCCUCCAACGGUUCUCUUCCGACAUUUCCGCCCAACACAACGAUUUUUGCUUCUCCGUGUCCUUCUCCAGCAAUUGCGCCAGCUAUGGCAGAGCUCACGCAGUCUCCAACGACACCGCCUUGUCCAACUACAAUCACCGAAAUUUGCACGGUCACUGAAACCUGGCAUAGCACGCAUUAUGCUGAGACGGCAACAUUCUACAGCUUUGUAGCAAAUACCACCAUCACAUAUACAGAAAAAUCCAGCUGUCCUCCUCUUGUUUACCUUCCAGACCCUACUGCCACGGUUCCACCACAUCGAAGUUUGAUCGCAUGUGCAAAUGGGGCACUAGCAAAACGCCAGGAGGACUGUCCCUAUAAGUUGAACGCAACCUCUUCCCACUCUCUCAACGCCUCCGGAUCAGCUUCGGACCAGGGGAUCUCUCCAACUUCAACUCACCCAUGCCCGAAUGCUGGGUACUCAUGCGCAGAAUGUCCCGACGGCUGGUUCUGUCCUCCUCAUCCAACGCCUGCACAGAACUGCAUCUGUGGCUUCGGCUGGGCGUGUGCCAACUGCAAGGAUGGUUAUUUCUGCAUUCCCAGCCCUACGCCUGCCGGGAAUGGAUUGAUGAAUACCGUUGCAACGCUUCUUGCUACUCCUCCACCAUCUUCAACGUUUUCGAAUAUGGGAAGCAUCACCACGAAUCCGCCGACUCUUAUGUCUCUUGGCUCCAUGGUAUCUAUGACUACAGGGACAGUUACCUGCAUUGAUGGUUCCAUCGUCAUGAUGGCUAAUGAAUGUCUGAACGGGCUUCGCACCACUACUAAUACUAUCGAUAUCACCAUCAUUAACAUGCCUAUGGCUGCUAAUGCCGCAGCCGCGGCCAGCAUCAAUGAUCUCGCGGGACGUGUUUUCAGUACAGCAAAAGCAGUUUCCUCGCCCCUCCUAGGCAAUGCUCAGCCUACUACUGCUGGUCUCGGAAAUAUAGCUGCAAUUGCUCUCCCCACUGCGAAUCCAAACCUCCUUCCAACCACCACCGCAGCUCAAGGCAAUAUACCGAACAACAUUCCGAAACACGCAUCCAAUGCGGCAGAAAAUGUGUUCAACCAGCUUAUGAGCGGUGCAACAACGAACUCACCAGUGUUGAUGGCUCCUGCUAGUCAGCUACCUCCGUUACCUCCGGCUCUGGGCAUUGCGAGGGGACGGAGAAGAAUUUAGGAGAUGAGAAGCGUGUAAGAAGGAUAUCAAAGAGUAUGAUCAAUACGUCAAAUUUGUGACGCAAAGUAUUACAACGGUUUAUUUAUAUGUUAGAAAGGGCAAUGCUCAGGUUUUUGGUGGAGAUAGGGUGGGGAUUUGUAGUCAUUGACUGACAGACAGAUGAUAAAUACAGUUAUUUAUGAAUGGUUACUGUUUGCGAGUGGCUUUGAAG